AUGUCCUCCUUACUAGCCGCCUGGUGUAUUGUCGCUCCGUGUUUAUUGGUGUUGCUGAUACUGUGCGCCUCCGAUGGCGACACUUCGCCAGUGCUGCGGCGAACAAACCCGUCGAAAAUGGGCAUGUUUUGGACGACGAUCCGCAACGCGUCCGCACCGUCGUCCCCGUCCUCGUUUCUAUCGGCCGCAUCCAGCGUGGUGUACCGGCCGCAGCUGAUAAUCGAUCGGGCCUCGGUUAGCAAGGUGGCCGGUGGUACGGUCGCGAAAAACGAACAGUUCCCGCACCUGGUCUCGAUCAUUCUUAUCUUUGGCGACGGUUCCGACACGCUUUGCGGUGGAUCGAUCAUAGCCGAUCGUUACGUUCUGACCGCCGCACACUGUCUGUACGGAAUGCAGGAAGCGACCAUCAUUCCCGGUCAAACAACGAUACAGAUACCGUUCGCACCGGAUACCGUUACCGUGAGAGUUAAACCCUCCGACACCAUCCUACAUCCGGGGUACGAUCCGGUCGACAUACUCAACGACAUUGCGCUGAUCCGCCUGCCACAACCACUUACCUUUUCAUCGCGCGUGCAACCCAUCCGUUUGCCGUCCUGGACCGACUCGUACACCGGUCUCAUCGGCUAUGAUUCGAUAGUGUCCGGUUGGGGUGCGCAAUCGAACGAUGACUACGCUGAGCUGGCGGAUGAGAUGCGGCUCGAGCUGCGUUACGCGACCAACACGAUCGUCUCGAACGAAGUGUGCUACCGUGUGUAUGGGCCAAUCAUUCGCGUACAGCAGAUCUGUGCAGCGGGCGAAGGUGGUCGCAAUCCCUGCCAGGGUGAUUCCGGUGGCCCGCUGUCGGUGAAGUUCGACGGACACCGCUUGACGCAGGUCGGUAUUGUUUCGUACGGUUCGGUUCUUGGCUGCCAAAAUGGUGUACCGGGGGUGUAUACGCGUGUAUCCUCGUACAUCGAGUGGAUCGUUUACCAUACGGGAAUAGUUACGUAG